UCUGAUUCCACCAAGAAUACAUUUAUUUGGGUCGCCCGUCGUUUCAGGUGACGCAUUCUGUGCGCUGUCUCUUUGCUUCUGCAGCAUUGUGCAGCGUGCUUUCCAGUGCAUUAAAUUGCAAUUAAAUUCGAAUAAAACCCCUUGGGGUCUCCGGGUGAAGGUGAGGUGACUAUCGAACGAAAGACGGACAUUACCGACCGCGAAGUAUUGAAUUGUAUGACGCGCAACAGCAUCAAGUAUUCACAGGAAAGCGUUUUGGAUUCAAGAAUCAAAAAACAUAGUUGGCUAAAGUCCACCGAAAGUAAGUUGACUAUACAGCAUUGAGGUAGAAUACAAAACCACUGAGGCUCCUUAAGUGAACAAUAUCGAUCUAGCACGGCGCUAGGGUAAACGCCAACUACGAUCUUGUCAAACAGAUCAAAACGACAUCUCGCUCAUGAUAGGCAAACAACCCUAGGUGUUGCCUUUAUGUGACCAGCCGGGCACAUUCCAGGCGCAUUUAUCACCACACUCCACGGCCGAGAUCACAUUAAUCCUGCCCUCCUCCUCCUCCUCCUGCCUCCUCCCCACCUGCCAGUGAUUCCCAGGUGAUUAGAGCUGGCACACUAGGUCUCUACUACUUCCCGGGCCUCUGUUCUUCCAUUGUUUAUCUAUCAAUCAAGUCCCAACCCGUUCCGUCCGUCCCACCGGGGUGCUAUCAGUGUUAUUUAUUCACAAACAUUUGCUUAUGGCCCUGUGCACGAUACCCAAACACCGUUCAGCGCCCUUCGUAAUGCUUGGAGCACGGUUGAGUAUGUUGUCAGGGACCACCCGCCCUUUCCCUCCCGCUAAACUCUGAUUCCCGACUUGUUGAACGUCGGUGGUGGCAACAAGGGAACAAGAGGUAGGAUUAAUCAAUUUGUUGCUCCACUGCCCAAACAACCCCCCCGGAGACCGGAGUGUCAGGGUUGAGGGAGCACCACACGCGCUCCAUCACCGCUUGAGUGACCACUUGGCACCACCAACAAGUGGCUGGGGUGUGUGGCCAUCGUGUGCUUACCAUAAUUGAAAAGCAUUAACAAAUUAGGUUGAUACAAUCGAGGGAACGCUGGAGCACAGCACAGCGGAAGAGAUAAUCGAGAAUGUGGAGGACCGUGUGACGUCAGAGGAGAAACGUCAAUCGUGACAAUCACGUGUGCCAUGGAUGUGCCGCCAACAAACGCUGACCUAUUUCCGGUUCCGUUCGGAUUGUUCGUUCACAGCAAUGGACCACUUAUCGCCACCACCUUCGCCACCGGUCGGUCAGACACCGCCGGCCGUCAGCGCGCUGACAGCGCUCAAUGCAUCCUCGGCCAGCCUUAUACAGCGUGCGUCCGCCUUCAGUUCCGUGCUCGGUCAAAAGUGGAAUCCUCGAGAUAUACCACUGCUAUACAACCCACUGUUCUACUCCGGAGCGGCCUUUCUGUGGCCACAGUUCCUGUUACCACAGCAACCACUCAGUACGCCCGUUUCACCGAACCUCAACAGUAGCGGUGGUCGUGAUUAUGCGUUAACACCGGAAAAAGAAGAGAUCAUUGAUGAAGAUAUGCCCCUCAAUCUGUCGCUGAAACCAUCGAGCUCUACACCGCACCAUGGUCGGCAUCAUCCGAUCCACAUCUGGUCACCGGCCAGUAUGUGCGAGAAGGAAACGCUCGAUGGUGACCAGCAGAGCAACAUCGACAUCGAAAACGAUGGCGAUGAGGCGGAGGAUGACUCGUCGGCUGGCGAGCAUCAGAUGGAUGGUUCGUUCAGUGAAACGCUCCAACGGCAGCAGCAGCAACAUCGUCAGCGCGAAACCGCACGCAUCCUAACCGAAUACAACAGUCUACUAAGUCGCCGGGCACCGUCAGCUUCUGCGGCGUCAGGACCGACGUCCUCCUCGAUGCAGGACUACUUCAACUACAGCAAGAUCAGCAAGGGCUACUAUACGCAUCUGCAGCAGCAACAGCGUAACCUCGAGGUGUUGCGUCAGAACAAAACGGACGUCUACGUACUUAAUCCGGCCAACCACAACCACAACAACAACAACAACCUGGAGGGUGUGAAGAACGCUAACCACGAAUCGCGUGUCGGCGGUGCGGUGAUGUGUGCACGGAUGAGUAGCAGCAGCAGCAACAGCAACAGCAACAGCGGAAGUGCCGGUAGUGCUGGGUUGGUAGGGGAAACGACAAUUGGGCCGAUUGGGAUCGGUAGUGAGAGUGAUAGCAAAGUGAUGGUGAUGGGUACGGGGAGCGGUGGACAGGAGCUGAUGAGCUACAAGCUGGAGGCUGGACCGGCACGGCCCGAUUCGACUGCACACUCGGACAGUCCUUACGGUAGCUCAAACGAUUCGUCUUCUCUUCACGGGCACCAGCAUCAUCCACAUCAACAUCAUCAUCAUCAUCACCAUAGCCAUCAGGCGUCAUCGAUCGUAAAUGGUGCAGUUGGCGAAACCAAGAAGAGCGUCAAGCUUUAUCAGUGUAAACAGUGCGGCAAAACGUUCAAACGCUCCAGCACGCUAUCGACCCAUCUGCUGAUCCACAGUGACACGCGGCCCUACCCCUGCCAGUACUGUGGCAAACGCUUCCACCAGAAGUCGGACAUGAAGAAGCACACGUACAUCCACACCGGUGAAAAGCCCCACAAAUGUGUCGUCUGCCUGAAGGCGUUCAGCCAGAGCUCGAACCUGAUCACGCACAUGCGCAAACACUCGGGCUACAAACCGUUCUCGUGCGGUCUGUGCGAUAAGGCGUUCCAGCGGAAGGUGGACCUGCGGCGUCACCGGGAAGGUCAGCACAACGACCACAGCGGUAGCCUCUCGACGACACCGACGACAAUGGUGGCGGCGACGACGACGACGACGACGGCGAUGGCUGCGAUGUCUCCGGUCAGUCCGAUCGAUACGAUGAUGAUGGUCGGUUACGAGUCGAAGCUAAACCUUAAGCUCGAACACCACGGUGGUGGCGUGCAUGAUGGCGAUGGCAGCAACAGCAACAGCAGCAACAGCAGCAGCAGCAGCAGCAUGGACGACUCGACGAUGGGAGCAGCUGUUGCGAGCUCGAGCGAACAGCGACAGCGGAGCAGUUCCGUCGCUUCCCCCGCUCCCGGUUACCACCAUCAUCACCCGCGGUCCGCGGAACCGGACCUCGACAUCAAGAUGGAGGUAGUAAGCAGCAGUUGCUCCUGAUUUUCAGUUCCUUCCCUCGCUACUUACCACAACGCCACAACGAUUCCUUCGGGGCUCGAGCUGGUGUCGAGCUGAAGUCAGCGGCAUCUCCGGAGGAAGGGGAUCGGAAUCGAACGUUAAAUUAAAGGAAACAAAGGAACGGAAUCUCGGUGGAAACAUUUGGGUGCCGUGAGCGAAGACGUCAGAUGGUCGUCCUUCGAGGGUCCCUUCGGGCGAGGGAAGCCAAGUGGCCGUAAGUUCCAGUUCGAAUAAUCUCAAUCCACAGCCGUGGCACGCCGUGGAGGGUAGGACGUUGAUCUGUUGAGUGAACCUCGCCAUCCGGUAAGAUGAUGGUGCUCCGUCCUUUUUAGGUUUAGGAUGUACAUAAAUUAUGCGCACGCGAUAGAGCGAGAGAGCGAGAGAGAGAGGUACUGUAUCAAGGUCGUACUAGCGGUCGUAUCCGCAGGAUUUUUCGUUUUUAAUUUAUUGCCCCAUGGACUGCAGACCAUGGUCCAUGGUUAGUAGUUAGAAUAGGAUCAGAUCAGGUGAGGGGGGUGCAAAGACCGCUGCAAAAAGGCUAGGCGCAAAUGGUGUUGAUACCUAGUUAUACCAAAGUGAUCGUUGGAGUAGUUUGAUCGAUCGAUCUUUUUUUCGGUCGCAGAAUUCGAUUGCAUUCUGGCCCUGUAGAGACUAUGACGAAUCAUUGUUGUGAUGUUCGCGCUCUCAUCGUCCGUCCGGCAUUGGUCGAUUGUCCUGAUUUGCUUCUUUACUAAUUAGAAAUCCGGAUUUUGAAAUUCGGAAUGAUGGACGCAACAGGAGGGGCUAGUCUAGUCGAGAAGGCCACCAUAACCACGACGAAAUUGAUGAGGCAUAUCCACACGUGACACAAUCGUUACCGAACACUUCACAGUCCAGGAGCAUGUGCUUUUUACCUCCCCCAAAAAAAAGAAACAAACAAUCGCAAAAAGAACCGCGAAUGUGUGUCAAUGUCCCGGUGCCGGUCUUCUCCAAACAAUCGCACACAUCUACACAAACACACACACACAUACACCAAAUACCGGGGCACGCGAUUCGGUUCCCUGUUCAUCGAGGCGAAGCGUUCCCUUAGCUCUAAUUCUUAAGAAUCCCCUUCUGUACAUUUCCCUGGAGUAAUUUCACCAGUUUAGUGGCCUUUCUAGUGUUUAUUGCGGCAAGGCAGAGGCAGAGAGAGAGAAGAGAGAGAGAGAGACAGACAAGUCUUUAGUCAUCGAAUUCGUCGUCGUACGUCGCGCAAUUCUCAUCACACAGCUACAUGACCAAAGAGAGAACCGGGCUCCACACGCACCAGGGUGGUGGAGGAAUUUUCCUCUACCUUUUUCCACGCGAAACCAUGUGUCUGUGUGUGUGUGUGUGGUAGUUCGAUUCCCCAGCUCGUGCUUGUCGCUCGUGUUUCUUCGUGUUUUCUUUUUUUUUAGUAGUUUAAUCGUUUUGCACCGUGCUCCUUACACGUCGUCGUAGUAGCCUUCAAUGACCAUUUUACUCUUGUAUCGGAUUCGCGAUUCGCGCGCGCCCCAGUCCCGUUUAGGAAGAAUGUCUGUUGUCUAGUGUCUAGAUGCGUUAUGCGAGGCGCGUGAACCCGUUAGUAAAGAAGCAUUUGUAGUGUAGUGCCCUAUACGUAUUCAAGUAUGUAUCUAUAAAUAAAUAUAUUUAUGUUUUUGUGAGAUCGGUGGCGGGGCAGCGAUCGUUAGGAUGUGUAAGCGUACAUUGUACUCCCCCCGAGGAUUGGGUGGGGUAGGGUAUUGUUAGCAUUAUGGAACUCGAAGGUUAGUUAACUCAAAGCGGAGUGCGAAUGGUUCGUUUUCAUAACAAGCUCGAUGAAAUAUACAAAAGAUCCAAA